AUGAACAAGAAAGCCCACUACGACAAAGCCAUCAUCUCAGUGGAGGACCACACUCACGCCUCCAAGGCCGACCUCCACCGGCACGACGACCUGAAGCACAACCAGCAGCGGCACCGGCCCGAGGACCCGGUGGCGAGGCGGUGGCAGCAGGGCAGCUACACCCAGCUGGCGCACUGGACGCCGCCCCGGCCGUCCGAAGCGAGGGCGGAGCACAGCGUCAUGGUCGGGCACGGGAGCGGCUCUGACGGGAGCCGGGAGGAGAGCGGCGUGCAUCCGGCGGCGAACGGCGGCGGGGAGGUGCAUCAUCCGGAUCACGUGCAGCGGCAGCAGCAGCUGCUGCAGCAUCAGCAACGACAGCAGCAGCAUCACCAUCAGCCGGUCCACCGCGGGGGAGGAGCGGAGGACCGGGAGCUGAGGACGCAACACCGGCUGGACACGCCACAAUCUGACGGCGCCGCGCCGCCCGGUGGCCCGACGCUAGAAAAAGACCCCGCCCCUCCUGCGACCACCAAUCAGACGGAGGUCACGACCCAGACGGCGACUGUAACAUCCAAUCAGACAACGGGAGGCGGCGAGAGGGAGAAGAGCGGCUCCGCCCACAGCGGGGAGCCGGCCAAUCGGGGGAUAGAAAGAGACUCAAAAGUGGCGGGGCGGGUUCGGCCAUUUAACGGAGGAGGACAGGAGACGGAAAGUUCUGGAGAUGACACGGGAGCCGGAGCACCAGACUCUUCUUCAUCCUCAUCAUCCUCAGCAGAGACCAGAGCCGACCACAUUUAAAACAGCUCCCGUCUCUCCGUUCCGUCCAGCGGCGCCGCGGCGCCGGAGGAAACACCGCAGACGCAUCAGCAAAGCAGCCAUCAGGGCCAUGAUCAUGUAGAGCUGCAGGUGAGAGGGUGAGACCCGGUAGACUGGGAGCAAUGAGGGUGAGACCCGGUAGACCGGGAGCAAUGAGAGGGUGAGACCCGGUAGACUGAGGAGCAAUGAGAGGGUGAGACCCGGUAGACCGGGAGUAAUGAGAGGGUGAGACCCGGUAGACCGCGAGCAA